AUGGUGGAGAGGAGAAUGAUGAGGUGGGUGAUGGAGGUGGCUGUGAAGACCAUGGCCGAGCAUGUUACGAUUGCUCCAAAGUUGAGCAAGAACACGAUCAGCACCUCGUCGAAAGCUUUUUCGUUCGCCUCUGCGAACGCUUCUGGUAACGCCUCUGCCAACGCCUCCACCAUCGCCCUUGCGAGCACCUUCGUGAACACCAUGGCGGGUGCCAGGGGUGCCACUGUGAACGCUACUAGCACCACCCCGGGAAUUUCAUUUGGCAGCGAGAAGGGCACGACAAGCAAGGCCAUACCCACGGGCAAGUUGCAGGACACGAAGCCUGCACGGCCGGAUUGGCUGCCUGCGCGAUUGCCGCCCCGGACAAAGCAGACGUCCUCUUGCCAAAAUGGCCCUUCUGCUUUCUGCCUCGUUGGCAACAUCAGGACGCUUCCCUACACCAUGGGUUCCAUCGAGCGCUUUGCCAUUGCAAAUUCUUUGGAUGUUUACAUGGUCCUACAGAGAGGCCAAAAGCGAGGUUCUUCCUGGCUGACUUACUCGGCAGACUUCUAUGGUUCUGCAGCUGAGGACUCGAUCAUUCGAAAGCUUCAACAGCUCCGAAGCUUGCGAAAUGAUUCCGGUGGAGUUCAACUUCGCGAGAUCAUUGAGGUGAAAGAUGGCACUUGCAACGAGUACCGGAGAAACUUUCAGCCCAGACAGAAGGUUUUGAGAGAUGCCGACUGCAAGGAGCAUUCAUCCAACUCCCAGAUCCGCUGGUUGAGGACUUGCUUUGACCGGGUGCUGGCCAGCGGCGUGAAGUACGGUCGAAUCGUGCGGGGCCGACCGGAUGUGGCCUUGUUUCGCGACAUCCGCCUGUCUUCUUAUCCCUGCGGAAAGUUAUAUGUCCCAUACAAGAAUGAGCCAGCGCCGGUUGGCGGCGACUGGUUCUUUUUUCUGGAUUUCACGCUGCUGCAGAGCUGGUGGGCUAGUGUGGAGGCUGCUUCAAAGGCAAAGUUCCAACAAUGGCCAUUCCCGGACUUUUACAUGUUCGCCACUGCCGCGAAUACUUUGAAGUACGUGCACCUUCCAGCAGUCAUAGUACGCUCACCCAACGUGGUGGAAUGCUGCCGGCUGAGCCAGGACCGUGGCCGUGAGCACUCCGAGGGAGCAAGCCUCGACCAGGAGUGCCGGCAACUCCUUCAAAAGGGAGCCUUCUCCAAAAGGUGGCCUUCCUUUGACUUCAGGCAGGCCAAGAGCAACAGCGAGCCUCAGCUGCGCUUUUCGGCGUCAGGCAACUUGAUGUUCACGCUGCCUCAAUCGACGGCAAGCAAAACUUGGGGGCUUUCUGAACAAUUCUGCGCAUGUUAA